ACUGCGCCUGCGCGCUGGUAUAUCCGCCCGGACUCGGCCGCCAUCUUAUGUCGCUUUUUCUUUUGUUCCACAGACGGAGCAGAGGCGGCUCUGCGAGAACGAGAGAGAGAGAGAUUUACCUUUAAAAAAUAACCUUAUAAACAAACAAACAAACAAACAAUACAACACGAAACACACAGAAAGAGAUUCAUUCUCAGGGUACACGAAGUCUCUCUCGGCAAAAAAAAAUAAAAUGAUGAUGAUGGAUGACGAGCAGCCCAAGACGCUUUACGUUGGGAAUCUCUCUAGAGAUGUGACAGAAGCUCUUAUCCUUCAGCUGUUCAGUCAGAUUGGACCGUGCAAAAGCUGUAAAAUGAUUGUAGAUACUGCAGGUAACGACCCGUACUGCUUCGUAGAGUUCUACGAGCACCGACACGCCGCGGCUGCAUUGGCUGCCAUGAACGGAAGGAAAAUAAUGGGUAAGGUAAUGAAGGACCAUUGAGGAGUUCAGUAAACAAGGUCAUAUUUCCCUCGUUUGAAGUUAAAGUGAAUUGGGCAACAACCCCGAGUAGCCAGAAGAAAGACACAAGCAAUCACUUCCAUGUCUUUGUUGGGGACUUGAGCCCAGAGAUAUCCACAGAAGACAUCAAGGCAGCGUUUGCCCCGUUUGGGAGAAUAUCGGAUGCCAGGGUGGUUAAGGAUAUGGCUACAGGGAAGUCAAAAGGCUAUGGCUUCGUCUCUUUCUUCAACAAAUGGGAUGCAGAGAACGCCAUUCAGCAAAUGGGGGGCCAGUGGCUUGGAGGCAGGCAGAUCAGAACUAACUGGGCUACAAGAAAGCCCCCUGCUCCUAAAGCUACUUACGACACUGCGAAUGCCAAACAGUUGUCCUUUGAGGAUGUCGUGAACCAGUCCAGCCCGAGCAACUGCACUGUGUACUGUGGAGGAGUCACAUCAGGACUUACAGAGCAACUGAUGAGACAGACGUUCUCUCCUUUUGGACAGAUCAUGGAGAUUAGAGUUUUCCCAGAUAAGGGAUAUUCUUUUGUGAGGUUCAACUCCCACGAGGGGGCUGCCCACGCCAUCGUGUCCGUCAACGGGACGUCGGUAGAUGGUCACGUGGUGAAGUGCUACUGGGGGAAGGAGACUCCAGACAUGAUGAGCCCAAUGCAGCAGCAGCAGCAGCAGCAGCCACCGCAGCAGCAGCCUCCGCAGCAAGUGCAGCAAAACAAAGUUGGGUUUGCAGCAGCGCAGCCCUACGGCCAGUGGGGCCAGUGGUAUGGGAACGCCCAGCAGAUUGGCCAGUAUGUGCCCAACGGCUGGCAAGUGCCUGCGUAUGGAAUGUAUGGGCAAGCAUGGAACCAACAGGGUUUCAAUCGAUCCCAAUCCCCUGCUGCAUGGAUGGGUGCAAACUUCACUGUUUAUCCUGCUCAGACACCACAAGGCCAUCUCGUAGCUAAGAGAGCCGGAUUUCAAACCCAGUGAAAACACACACACAAUUACACAAAAAAAAAUAAAAAGGACUUUGCCUUCUGAAAAUGUAUAAUUAAUAAGCAGGGAUGAAAAAGCAAGCUGUGGGUUGUGUUUUUAUAUACCAUUUUUGUACAACUUUUGGUCUUCAUGAACGGUUUUUGUUUCAUCACAGUGAAAGUGUUGUCUGAAAUGAACUGUCCUCAAACUCUCACUUGGAUCUCCUUAACCCUUUCAGUCCUGGGGGAUCCUCUAGGUCCCUGCUUAUCUCAGCGUUGUUAUGUUCACAUGUGCCGUACUGACGGGACAUUUGAAGUCCCAUUUACCAAAAUGUAUGUAAAAUAAAUAAAUACAUAGUUGUCCUGUUCUCAUGUGUGCUCAGUAAAGGCGCUCCUUUUUUUUUUUUUUAAAUUGUGUAACUUUAAUUUUGCAUUCUUCAGCUCGACAAAUUCAGGACUGAAAGGGUUCGAUUUGAAAAAAAUCCAAGUAUCUUGCUGCUGCAGGGUGUGGACAUUCUUUGACUUUAAUAUCCAAGAAGCAAAGUUUAACUGUACAGUGGCUUUGGGGUACCUUGUGUUUAUUGAAAAGAAAACGGGACGCAAAUCUAAAAAGAUCAUGUUAGUCUUCAGACCUCCACAGCAGAAGGGAGGGGGAGGGGGGUGCUUAGUUUUAUUUUAAAAUGUUUUUGUUCUAUUUCUGUAUUGUUUAAUACAAAUGAAAAAGCAGUUGCAGGGAUUACUGCCUAAUUUUUAUGCAAAGGCAGACAAAUAUUGCACAAUACUAUUACUAGAUUUUUACACACGUGAUUUAAUAGUUUUUAAUUCAGCAUUCCUUGUGUGUGGUGUUUAAUUUUUUUUCAUUAUUUUUUUUGUUUCAAUAAACCGCCCUCUGCCAGUACAACCAAACUAACAUUGAAUGUGCUCAGAAACUGUCGAGACUGAAUAGCAAUUAACAGGAUGUCACUUUUGGUAUUGAUGAAAACUACAGCUGUGGCCAAAAGUUUUGCAUCACCCUAUAGAAUAAACUCAUUUUGCUUCAUGAAAGUGGAAUGAAACCUGCUUUUAAUAAUGUUACGUUAACAUGUUGAAUUACACACCGCUUUGUAGUUUUUCCUGUAUACUUAAUGAAAAACUGACAAAUUAAAAAAUGGGACGGCUUCCGAUAGACAAUACAUUUUGUAGUUUAUUUGAUAAAUUCAUAAAUGUUUAUAGUGUUUUAUUUUUUUAUUUUUUUUAUAUAUAUAUAUAAUUCUCAAUCUUGAAAAAUCCAGGUAAUGCAAAACUUUUUUGGCCAGAGCUGUACAGUUGUUGUUUUUUGUUUUUUUUAAUGUAUAAAAUGAUCCUUUUUAGCAAAAGGUUUUUGUCUAAUAAUAAAAUGCCUCCUUUCAAAUCUGUUCAAUGCUGACCGUCACUAAGAAUAAAUAGGUGGUGCCUAAAUUGAAAACCUACUGGAUGCCUGCGUUGAAAAUCU